CCUCGACCAGAUGGCAGAGAAGGAAGUCGAUUACUCUGCCAAAACGGAAGCCGAAGUGAAGGUCAAGAAGACGAGGGCGAGCAGACCCAAGGUGAAGACGGGAUGCCAGACUUGCAAGUUCGUAAAUGCAUUUUUCCUUUGACAUUUGAGAGUACUGUUGCGUUGUAACUUAUUGUGUUGCUUGCUUUAUGGUUGGUGGACUUUUUUCAUGUGUGUGGCAUCUCACUCAUGCGAGAGGCUCAGCCUUACCGAGUCUUCACUUCACCUCAACUCCAGCCACAAGUACUUUGUACAGUUUUUUAUAUUUCUAUACGAGCCCAGCUAAACUCAACUCCAGGAUUCGUCGCGUGAAGUGCGAUGAGACUAAACCCAGCUGCUUGCGCUACUUCCGACCUCCUACUACUCAAGCAACAAAACUCUAUCCAUCACCAACUCGAUUAUUAUUUCAGAAUCCUCACGAGUAUCAAGCUUUUCAGACUUUCUGUGAUCGCACUUCUCACCAAUUAUCUUCAUCCUUUUCUUCGGAUCUAUGGACCCGUCUCAUGCUCCAAGCAUGUGAGACCUCUCCAUCGAUUCGUCACGCUGUCAUCGCCAUCGGGGCAUUAAACCUCUCUCACCCUUCACCUCGGCCAGAGAACUCCGUCGGAACUCUACGGCAUCAAUUCGCCUUCCGACAAUACAGCAAAGCCCUCUGUCUCCUCCGUCGAGACGUAGCCGGCGGCUUCUGUGACUUAAGAACAACCCUCAUCGCCUGUCUCCUAUUCUACUGCUUCGAAUCCUACCAUGGCUACCACGAGCUGGCCAUCAACCAAGUCUACUCGGGCCUCAAACUAAUCCGAGAAUGGGCCUCCUCGUUCUACAAACCAGACGAGAAUGGCCGUCUCAACAUCCGCCUCGGAAGCGAGGAUCCUCACGUGCUGGAAGACGACAUCCUGCGCGCCUUCGGCAGCCUCGAGAUCCAAGUCAUGACUUACGCUGAUGGCCGCACGAGGGAAGCUCACGAGCAUUAUCGCCAUUGUGGACAAGCGUCCAUCGACGAGAUGCCGGCCAUCUUCCCCAGUCUGAAGGAAGCGAAGGAUCUCCUAGAAAUUGUGAUUAGGAGGAGCAUGCACUGGCUC